AUGCCCUAUGAGAUGGAAGUCAAAUCGUUAGCAGGGUUAUCUAUACGAAUUGAGUGCAAAAUACCAUAACGCUGAGCAUUAAUGACAGACCGAGGCGCUCAAUCAGUAUAGGGUUGGAGAGUGUGGUUCUUCCUGGAAUAGUGUUGAUUGAUGAACCCCUUUGUCGAGAAUGUCAUUCAUGGAUGACGUCUGCAUUGUGACAGUAAUAACAAAUUGUUUGGUGUUGAGAUGUUCAGUCAUGCAGGAUUCCCAAAAAAGUAUCCAAUGAGAACCAAUAAUCGAGCCCAGUUCUGUAAACACGGUCCUCAAGGGGUAAUUGGUGAUGGGCAAAAUUCAUGGCUGUUUCAAAGAGGACGCCGAAUCAUCCAGAGACUUGGCCGUCGUAACUCGAUUCGGGAUGGUGGCUUCCCCCUGGUCGCACAUGUCACUUCAAUCUGGAGAAGGUCACCAGAGACAUGCAAGCCAUGCAUGCACUUCGAGAACCAUUGCCGAUGCACAUUUAUUGAGGACAACAAUGCUUCUUCUUCUGCAUUCCGUCCCUCGUCGUGGGUAAUGGGGACGGACAAUUCAUCUUCUGAUCCAAACAAUCCAAUCCAGACAGAGAUGCGGUCUCAACUGUUGUGUUGCUUCCUCUUCAAGCUUACCAGGGCCGGACUCCCGAACGAAACAGCCCGCACCCGCCUGGUUGACAUUGGCAGCCAACCAACCAAACCCCUGCAGGCGAUCCUCGAUUGACCUUAUCUCCUUCUGCUUCUGUUCCGAGUCUCCACUUCGUUUCGAGGGAUACGGAUACUCGCAGCUGGACGACCUACAUAAUCUGGGGGUUAUGCCGUCUGGCCGUUGAGAUUGACCGUGUACUCUGCUUUCGCGGGACCCCUCACUCAUUCCCACGAACAAGAGAGGCAGACUCCUCUUCCACCAGCCAGUUUUCCCCACC